CGGUGAAGAUAUAAAUGAAAAAAAGCUUAAUAUUAAGGAAGCAGUUGAUUAUUUAGCAGACACAUGGAAGAAUAAAAAAACAGGUAUCCUACCCAUAACUACUGAAGAUAAUAGAAUUAAUGCAAUACAAAUUCAACAAGAAAUUCUAACUAGUGAAAGAGAAGAUACUAAUCAAAUGGUCGAAGAUAUAUGUAUAUCACAUGAUGAUUCUUAUGCCACUUCAGUUGCGAAUUCAUUAAAUGAAUACUUUUAUGAUCUAGAAGAAAACAUUCUAACUGAAGAUAUUUUAAAUGAAAUUGAUAUCAUAAAUUUGAUUAAUGCAGAAAUAUAUAGCAAGAAUAAUAACUUAAAUGAUCCUGAUGAUUCAGAAGAAGAGCCAGUCUUAGUAUCUUUAAAUGAUGCAGAAAAAUCAUUACGUACGUGGAUAAGUUUUUUUGAACAACAAGAAAAAGAAGAGUUUAAGACCGAAGACAUAUAUAUAUUUAAAAAGUAUCAUAAAAUGGUUCAGAGACUUGAAUUUCAAUCCAAAAAACAAGUUGCGAUAACUAAUUUUUUUGUUCAUGAAG